AUGAUCGAUGCGGCACGGGCAACGCCCAAGGGCCAGAAGAAGGACUACGCUGCAGAGAUGCCCAAGGGCUACGACCCCAAAUUCGUGGAAGCUGCUACAUAUGCUUGGUGGGAGGACUGCGGCUACUUCAAGCCGAAUGACAAGAGCGAUGCAGAGCCAUUUGUGAUCGUUAUCCCACCCCCCAAUGUGACGGGCUCGUUGCACCUUGGCCAUGCUCUCAUGGUCGCCGUAGAGGAUACACUGACGCGGUGGCAUCGCAUGAGCGGGCGCAACGCUCUGUGGGUACCUGGAACAGACCAUGCAGGCAUUGCCACGCAGACCGUGGUCGAGAAGCAGCUGCAGCGGGAGCAGGGCAUCACACGCCACGACCUGGGGCGGGAAGCGUUUGUGGGGGAGGUGUACAAGUGGGUGGACACUUACGGAGGCAAGAUCCUGGCGCAGCUGCGGCGUAUGGGGGCCUCGCCGGACUGGUCCCGCCUGGCAUUCACCAUGGACGACAAGCUGAGCGCGGCCGUGCUGGAAGCAUUCCUGCGGCUGCACAAGGAGGGCCUCAUCUACCGCGACAACCGCCUGGUCAACUGGUGCACCCGCCUCAAGACCGCCGUCUCCGACAUCGAGGUGGACUACAUCGACAUUGCCGAGAACACCGAGCUGGCGGUGCCGGGGUAUGACGAGAAGGUGAUGUUUGGCGUGCUCACCUCGUUUGCAUAUCCGCUGGAGGACGGCGCUGGCGAGAUCGUGGUGGCCACAACGCGGCCGGAGACCAUGCUCGGCGACACGGCCGUGGCUGUGCACCCAGAUGACCCACGGUACGCGCACCUCCACGGCAAGCACGUGGUGCACCCAUUGGACGGGCGCAAGAUCCCCAUCAUCACCGACGCGGAGUUGGUGGACAUAUCCUUUGGGACGGGCGCGGUCAAGAUCACACCCGCGCACGACCCCAACGAUUUCGCCACUGGCAAGCGCCACGCCCUCGACUUCAUCAACAUCCUUACCAACGACGGCGCCAUCAACGAGCGCGGCGGCCAGUUUGCCGGCCAACCCCGCUUCCAGGCGAGGAAGACGGUGGUGGACUGGCUGAAGGAGAAGGGGCUGUACCGUGGGGAGGCGGGCAACGCGAUGCGACUGGGCCUGUGCAGCCGCAGCAAGGACGUGAUAGAGCCGGUGCUCAAGCCGCAGUGGUGGGUGUCCUGCAAGGGCAUGGCCGACGAUGCCUGUGCCGCCGUGCGCGACGGCCGCAUCUCAAUCCUACCCGACGAGUUCAAGGCCACCUGGUUCAGGUGGCUGGAGAACAUCCGUGACUGGUGCAUCAGCCGGCAGCUGUGGUUUGGCCACCGAAUCCCCGCCUACUACGUGACCCUUGAGGGCGAGGGAGAUGCAGCGCCCCCAGGCACCAUGGACGAGCGCAUGGACAGGUGGGUGGUGGCGCGCGAUGCCGAGUCAGCCAGGAAGGUCGCUGAAGAGCGCUUCCCUGGAAAGGUCCAGAACCUGGUGCAGGACGAUGAUGUGUUGGACACCUGGUUUUCCUCGGGCCUGUUCCCCUUCUCGGUGUUUGGCUGGCCGGAGCAGACGCCUGAUCUGGCCAAGUACUACCCGACAACGCUGCUGGAGACGGGGCACGACAUCCUCUUCUUCUGGGUCGCCCGCAUGGUCAUGAUGGGCAUGAAACUCACCGGGGAGGUGCCAUUCAAGCAGAUCUACCUGCACAGCAUGGUGAGGGACGCGCACGGCCGCAAGAUGUCCAAGUCCCUGGGAAAUGUCAUCGACCCCCUCCAUGUCAUCGAGGGCAUCUCACUAGAGGGGCUGUACUCCACGCUGGGGGGGGGCAACCUGGAGAAGAAUGAGAUGGAGAGGGCGAAGCAGGGCCAGAAGGCGGACUUCCCUGAGGGCAUCGAGGAGUGCGGCACCGACGCCCUGCGCUUCACCCUCCUCUCCUACACCUCGCAGGCGCUGAGCGUGAACCUGGACAUAAAGCGCGUGGUGGCCAACCGCUACUGGUGCAACAAGCUCUGGAACGCCGUCAAAUUCGCGCUCGAGCGCCUCGGCGACGAUUUCCGGCCCUCGCCGCAGCUGCCAGCCGCCGCGCAGCUGCCGCUGCCCUGCCGAUGGAUCCUCUCCCGCCUCAACGCCGCCACGCAGAAAGUGGUCACCGGCUUUGAGACCUACAGCUUCGCAGACGGCACCCAGGCGCUGUACGGCUGGUGGCAGUACGACCUGUGCGACGUGUUCGUAGAGCUGGUGAAGCCGGUGAUCCCACGGCCGGGCGCGGAAGCCGAGGCCGCGGGCGCGGAGACGGCCGCCCCGGCCGCAUUUACCAGCAGCCCAGAAGGGCAGCAAGCCUACAAGGACACCCUCUGGCUCUGUCUAGACACCGGCCUCAGGUUGCUGCAUCCAUUCAUGCCGUUUGUGACGGAGGAGCUGUGGCAGCGGCUGCCGGGGCGACGGGAUCAGUCAGGCGGCUUUGCCUCCAUCAUGAUAGCGCCGUUCCCGGCCGCGCAGCCGUCCUGGGCCGACCCCACCGGAGAGGACGAGGUCGCCCUCAUCCUGGACGUCGUCAGGGCCGCGCGCAGCCUGCGGUCAGACUACGACCUGAAAACGAAGCAGAGGCAGGCGCUGCACAUUGCAUGCAAGGUGGCCUCCAGCGCGGACGUGCUGCGGAGAUGCUCUGAGCUCAUAGGCACCCUGGCGCUCUCAGACACAGUCAAGGUGUUGCAGGAGGGGGAGGAGGCUCCCAAGGGGUGUGGAGUGUAUGUGGUGAAUGAUGCCAUGACGGUGUGCUUGGACUUGGAAGGCAUUGUGGACCCACAGAAGGAGGCAGAGAAGCUGCAGGCCAAGCAGGCCAAGCUGGCAGAGCAGAUCGAGGUGCUGAACACGAAGCGAAGCAUGAGCGAUUAUGAGGAGAAGACGCCAGAGGACAUCAGGAGAGCGGACGCCGAGAAGCUGAAGAGCCUGGCGGACGAGGAAGCCAUGCUGCAGCAGCACCUCAAAAGCAUGCUGGAACGGGCGCAGCAGCGCUGA